AUCAACUGAAAGAAGAAGAAAAGCAUGUUCAGAUAAAACAGAAUAAUAAAGAAUUUGAAGAUAAAUAUAAAGAUUCUGUUAAUGUCUUUCAGCAACCUAAAAAAGAAACAAAUGAAAUUCUAGUAGAAUUAGCAAAUUAUGAGAAAGAAGAUAUUAAUCUAGAAGAAAGAAAGAAACACACAAUUUUUAAACAAAAGAAAGUGACAAUAACAACUUUUACAGAUCGUUAUAGAUUUUACGAGCUUGAAAAUAUUUUUAGAGACUCAAGAAAGAGAACUUGA